CAUUUGGAAAUUGUUGGAUUCUUACAUUCAGCACAAUCUUUGCAGCAAGUCAUUAUGGACCUCCCAGCAGGUUAUAUUUGCCGACUUCGAAAAAAUAAUUCAUACAGGGUACCAUCAUCAUUAUUAGAAGUAGAAGAUCUAAUAUUUUUAAUUCACGAAAUCCUCAUCGCCAAG